UGAAUUAACAGCUGUUAUUAGACAUAGAGUAUAUUCUCAUUUAAACAGGUAAUGUAUCUAAAUUACACUGGAUUGAUGAGACUAUAAAGCUGUUGUCAUGUAGAACACCCCUAUCAUUAUUGUGUAUCACUCCGGGCACUUCCUUGUUCAAAAGUUUUAUUUAGGGGAAGGCUUGGUCCAAAAGUUGGGCUCCAGGCUGGAUAUUUCGACGUUAUUGUUGCCAAAUACUAGGAGUAUUAAUGCCAUCUACUUCAAAUUUCAGCCUAACUGUCGUCCUCACAUGGCUGUACCUGUAAGUAGCUGGCUAACGUUGCACUGAGAGGCUCCGCAGAGGAAGAUGUCCACAGCUAACAUUAGCGAGGAGAUCAGGCUGAAGUUUCCACUGCACUCCGCGGUGUGGGAAAAUGAUUACAGGAAGCUGGAAGAACAAAUAACAUUACCUCAGAAUGACAUUGAGGCUGUGGAUCCGAGAGGUCGGACAUCUUUGCAUCUGGCCGUGUCUCUGGGGCACCUGGAGUCAGUGAGAGUCCUUUUGAGACACGGUGCUGCAGUAACUAAGGAAAAUGCCAAGAACUGGACAGUGCUACAGGAGGCAGUCAGCACCGGAGAUCCAGAGAUGGUGCAGUUAGUGCUUCAGCGCAGAGACUACCUCAAAGCCUCCACUGCACUUGGAGGAGUGCCUGAGCUGCUGUCAAAGAUCCGAGAGUCUCCAGAUUUCUAUAUGGAAAUGAAAUGGGAGUUCACAAGUUGGAUCCCUCUUCUAUCCCGGGUAUGUCCAAGUGAUGUUUGUCGUAUCUGGAAAAGCGGUGCCAGCCUGCGAGUAGAUGCCACACUCCUCGGCUUUGAGAAUAUGACCUGGAUCAGAGGUCGCCGGAGUUACAUCUUCAGAGGAGAUGAUUCAUGUGCAGAGUUAAUGGAGGUGAACCACGAUGAUAAAGUGGUGGACACAGAGCGUUUCAACAUAUCCCAAGAAAUGGAGGAUGUCACACUUGAGUCAAUGCAGCCUGCUGAACAGGAAGUUGCCAAAAGACUUACUACGCCUAUUGUCAACACAUAUCUGGACACCAAGGAUAUUGCUUUUGAGAGGAACAAGUCUGGGAUCUGGGGCUGGAGGACUGAUAAAACUGAAGUAGUCAAUGGAUUUGAAGCUAAGGUUUUCAGUGUGAACAAUGUAAAUGUGGUAAUUAGGACAAGGACAGAGCAUCUUACAGAUGAGGAGAAAGCUCGGAUAAAAAGUGAGAGGAACAUCCUAGAGUCUCUGCUGGGGACUGUGGAGCAGCACAUAAGUGCACAAGGGGACCUCACUCUGGAGUAUGCAACUGCCAACAAUCCCACUGCCAUCACUCCAGAGGAAUAUUUUAAUCCUGACUUUGACUUGAGAGACAGAGACAUUGGCCGACCAAUUGAACUCAGCAUUCGAACACAGAAGUUCAAAGGUACAUUAUGGAUGAGUGAGGAGCAUCCCCUGUCCCUGGUGGAGCAGGUGACCCCCAUUAUUGACCUCAUGGCCCGGACAAGUUCCCAUUUUGCCAGGCUUCGAGACUUUGUCACCCUGAAGUUUCCUCCUGGAUUUCCUGUUAAAAUUGAGAUUCCCCUGUUUCAUGUGCUAAAUGCCAGAAUUACCUUUGGCAAUGUCAAUAAAUGCACCACAGAAGAAGAAGCGAACACAACACCAGCAGCCACGCCAACAUCUUCAGGAUGUUCAGUUGAAGAAGAAGAAGAAGUCGCAGCACCACCCCCAUUCCAGGUGAGUCCCUCAGUGUUUGAGGUGCCUCCCUACUACCAUCGUCGAGGGGGAAGCCGCCACACACCCAUGUCUAACAAUGAUGAAGAGCUUUUGCAGUACGCCAUCCAUCAGAGUCUCCUGGACUCUCACGGAGUCCCGGGCCAGGAGGGAGUUUGGGAUGAUACUGAUGGGGAAUUCACUGAUGUAAUGCCCAGCAGCCAGAGUGACAGGAGCAUCCCAGAGGGGGUGCUGGUGGAUUAUGGAGACACCUCCAGCCCCGCGAGCUCCCUCUCGGCAUCCAGCCCUGACUCAGACCUCCGCCUGGCCAUGGAGCUUUCAGCACAAGCUCAGGAGGAAGAGGAGAAGAUGAGGAAGCAGGAGGAAGAGGAACUGGAGAGGAUAUUGCAGCUAUCACUCACUGACAAGUAAAAGGAAUAAGAGGGAAUUGACUAGUGAGGCUAUGCCACACUAAUAAUAAUACUGUAACUUUUACCAGAUCCUGAAGCAACCACCACACCUCAAUUUUCCUUCCCAACCACUGUAGUCAUCUAUGCAACCGCAGAAUCGUUUCUUACAGGUCAUUCUUGUACAGGUAAUAUCAAAUUCUCUGUAUCCAAUAUUUUCCAAAAGGUAUUUUUGGUAAGAGCAUACUCCUUUAUAUAUUUCUAUUCCCACAUACUGCGCCUCCACCCUCCAAACUUGAUUAAUGGACUCUUAAGAUAACUUCAAAGGGGUUCUACUUUAAUUAAUUAAUUUUAUUUUAUUUUUGAGAACCACAGUGACUACCCAUGAUCUAACCAUUAAGCAGAGUGGGCUCAAAUCAGUGUAACUAAGGGUAUACAUGGAAAACUCCCUUGUACAACUUCAUAUAGUGUUGUUAGUCAGAUGAGGCUCUUUAACUCCAGAGUGCUGUUGUGUAUUUCUUUCUAUGGCACCUAGGGCAAAAACUGCCUAGCUGAACAUAAGACUACAGAAAUGUGGGCAUGAUGGGAUACAUGUGUGUCUGCACUGCUUAGUCUUCCUACUGAGUGGCUUUGUUGAGCGCCAUGGGCUCACUGACAAACAGAAAUCUCAGGGUUCUACUUCAGUCCCUUCACUCAGAUUGGAAAUUAAUUUGGCAAACUGUAGGAAUUACAGGUAGGUAAAUGUUUCUUUGGUGAAAAAAGGUAUUCAUACAUAUCUCUCUCUGAUAUUCAUUUUAUUUUAGCUGACUUUAGUGGAGUCAACUUGUCAUAAAUAAAUGCAAGUAUGAAUGUACACUCUUCAAAUGGGAAACAAAAGCAUGCUGCUGUGAAAGAGAGAAGUUUAAUCAGCCGCAUGGUAAUGUAAUAUGGUUUCUGCAAUAAUUAUGGAGGUUUAACUUUCCCAGACUGAUAUUUUUUUCAUAACUGCAAUUUUUGUCCAAUUUCGUGGUGAAACAGUGUAUUUUAUUAAUAUGUUAAAAGCUGUCACUGAGCAACAUUAAGUGACGGAUCCUCAGUUCCAAAAUGCAAUAGAGACUCAUCAGUCUAUGGAUUUUAAGAUGCCAUGCAGUCACACCUCCAGUGUCACAGAGAUUAUUCAUGAGGGCAGCCUGUUCGCCUUUUGUAGCCAUGAACAACUCUAGACCUCUGAGCAAAAGAAAAGACAGCACAGACUCAAAGAUCAAGCACGCCACCAUGUGUAAGACAUUUUUCAGCAUGUGCCAAGGAAUUGCUUAGCUCCAGUGAUGCUUAGUGGGGAAGAGAGAGGUGGGGACAAUUUAUGUGGUGUCAAUUUUCUGAAAAGAUUGUUUUUUAUUAUUUUAUUUUAUAACUUGCAUACAGAUUGUACCAGGGUGAUGCUGCUUAACAUGCAUUAACCACUACAAUUGAUUUUGUUAAUUACAACCACUUAUAAAAGUUCUCUCUGCGUUGCUGAGUUUGACUUUCAGGGGCUUCAGCUGAAAAACUAAUAAUGAUAACAAGCAAGUUGCCAAACUGCAAAACAGUUGACAAAAGAAAAAAGCCUAGCUCUGGUUAAGUUAAUGGAGAUCUUUGUAAUGCAUUGCUCAAGCUGCAGUUUUUUUUAAUGCCAGAAUUUUAUGUCAAAUUUUAUGUAAAAAAA